GCAAAGCAAAGCGCUCGCAAACACUAGUCGGCCAUUCAACACGGCAGGAUCGGCGAUUAUGCUGCUACUAGAAGAAGAGAAAAAAAGAGUGGAGCACGAAAGUACACACAUUCUGGUGGUCACAUGGAGAAGACGUCAGCUGCGUGCGAGUUAGGAAGAGUCAUGUGGAGGGUGUCUUUAAGGUCUCAAUCAAUUCACUGUGGAUCUGUUCUUUGUAUUUAAGGACAAUGGCUAUACGAACACUCUUACAGCUCAAAGGUGAAGCUAAGCUAGCUCUUCUCUCUCUUCUCUCUCGCGGUUCUUUCGACACAAUGUCGCCAGUUCUCGCUGCUCUUGGAUUUCUUCUCCACUGUACGCUGUUCCAGUUCGCUCAGGGACAAGGGUGGACAAGCGCUCAUGCAACUUUCUAUGGGGGAAGCGAUGCAGCAGGGACAAUGGGUGGAGCUUGUGGUUAUGGUAAUUUGUACAGCCAAGGAUACGGCAACAACAAUGCCGCACUGAGCACUGCUUUGUUCAACUCUGGAUUGAGCUGUGGUGCGUGCUUUGAGAUCCGGUGUGACAGUGCUGCCGAUCCAAGAUGGUGCAUUGCCGGGACUUCCGUUGUUGUCACUGCAACCAACUUCUGCCCUCCAAACUACGCUCUCGCAAACAACAACGGAGGAUGGUGCAACCCUCCACUGGAACACUUCGACAUGGCGCAGCCUGCGUGGGAGCAAAUUGGCAUCUACAGGGGAGGCAUUGUUCCCGUCCAAUACAGAAGAGUCAGCUGCGUCAAGAAGGGAGGAAUCCACUUCACAAUGAACGGCCACACGUAUUUCAAUCUGGUGCUCAUCAGCAACGUUGGCGGAGCAGGCGACGUGCACGCCGUGUCCAUCAAAGGCUCCGGCACCGGUUGGCAAGACAUGAGCCGGAACUGGGGACAAAACUGGCAGAGCAAUGGUCAGUUCCAGGGGCAGAGCCUCUCGUUCAGAGUCACCACGAGCGAUGGCAAAAGCGUGGUCUCCAUGGACGUGGCUCCCGCCGACUGGCAGUAUGGACAAACCUUCGAAGGGUCCCAGUUUGAUUGAAAAGGAUCGAAGGAAAGAGAUGGAAGAGAUGGAAGACAUGCUGGAAGAUGGAAGAGGAGGUAAAAGUUUCAUUACAUCCAUGGAGGAAACUAAGAGCGUAGAGGGUCUAGAAAGGAUGGGUUUUUAGCGCAGAUUUGAGGAUGGGGAUGAGAUGAAGAAACGACGGCCAACCUCCCCGCCGCUGGAAGAGAUUUUAGAGAUUCUAGAGAAGCUCGAGGAACAGUUUGCAAAGUCCAAAUCGAGCAGACGAGCUCCAUCACGCUGUCGGGAGUUUGCAAAGAGUCACGGGGAAAAAUAGAAGAUAAAAGGAAACGAGGCGAGCGUUAUGAAGCUCUUGUGCACUGCAUCGAAACCAAAAGAGAAAAGCUUUCUUUAAAAGUUUGCGAGCUUCAGUCCAAAUGUAUCUAACUGACAGCUUUAAAAUCGAGGAGCGGGUUGUGCUUCUCACAUGUUGUU